AAGUCCCAAACAGUGAAAAUGAAAGUGAAAUCUGCUGAGUGUUGUGUCAAAACAUAACCAAGUGCAAAGAUUAUCAGCAUAAGUAAAUAGCUUCAGACGAGCAGAGGAGCACAGGCUGGAGUUUUGCUCUUACACUCGAUCUGAGACAGAGCUGUUGAACUGUACUAAAGAGGAUCAACUGAACGGGACUUCAAGUGCUUCUUCUUGCUGGUGUUUCUUUUUGGGUUCAGCAAUCAGCACAAUGGUGGUCCUCAUUGCACUGGACGCCACCAACAAGCGCAGGAGCACAUUCAGGCUUCGCCAGAAGAUCUCUAAGCGAAGCACACGGAAGCAGAAGUGAGCCUAAACCACAAGCCACAAAAAUACAGCUGAAAGGAAGCCAAAGAGCUAAGAGAGAAGUCGUCAGUGACGUCUGCUAAGAAGUCAGGCCGAACAAGAGAGACUGCAGCAGGUCUCUUCGAGGAGGGCGCUACCGUGGUCUUGAGGAGCUAGUGUGGAAACUAGAAUGGGUCUGUUGAAGCAGAGAACUGGGGCAUGCCAGCUGUAUUGGAGCAUGCUCCUCCUGGCUGCAGGGUCCUUUUUCUUGUUGCUCUAUGCCCUGAUGUGGGAAGCUGGGAACAUCAUCAACCUUCCCCACAAAAGAAUCGGCUUCUACAACUUCUGCCUGUGGAACCAGACGUCUGGAGAGCUGCAGUGCCUAGAAUUCAAGGACCUGAUGGACAUGGGGGUUGACCAAUUUGAGCUAGUGCUGGCAAGGGUCUGUGUAUAUACUGUCCAGGUCCUCUGUAGCUUCUCUCCCUUUUUAAUCAUGCAGGCCCAAUAUGCGAACACCAGAGAGGCCUGGGAAGUGACGCUUGUGGUGCUGGGCCUCUCAGCCACUCUUCUGGCUGGUGGCCUGGGCUUGUUUCUGUUCCAGGCCUGGGUUUGCAUUCAACUCUCUGAACUCAGUGGGGGUUUCAUGGCACUAGCUGGGGCUCAGGCCCUGCUGCUGCUCCAGCUUUUUGCUGCUGCAAUGUACCUCACGUGCUUCAAGGAGGUUCUUGAAAAGGGCAACCCUUCCCCUGAGGAGCAGCCCCCAGCCUUCCAGGUCUGAAGGCAGAGAGGGAGGAAGUUGCAGUGCUAGCCUGUGAGCACUUACCAAUCAAGUUUUUAUAAUCAUCUGCUAGACAGACUAUAUAGCCAGCUCUUGUAUACAGCCUUGGGCCAAAACGCUAUUCUAUGUCUAAAUUUGUCAGGCAGGACACAGGGCCGUCCUUAGGAUUUAUGGGGUCCAACGCAGUAUUAUUAAACUGGUGCCCUUAUGCUCGACGGCAGCUUGGGCUUGCAGCCCUGGGGGCGGCGGGGGGAGAGACGAGGCAGCAAAGAAUACUGAGCCACUCAGCCUGCCUCACAGCGGCGGAGAGUUCCCUGCAGAGAUCCCCGUAUCCUCUCCCUCACACAGAAUGGGCCGCGCCGGUGCCUUCAGCUCUGUGAAUACAACCACUGCUUAAAGAGACUGCAGUGCGCACUGGGUGUGCGGGAGCCGACCAGCUCUUACCUGCUCUCAUGGACGGUGGGUGGAGCUGCAGUUUGGGGAGGCUAGCUCCGCAGCCCACCUGUGGCCCUGCCCAUACUCCACCCCUGCUCUGCCCUGGGCCCUGCCCCCACUCUGCCCAGACCCUGCCCUCUCCCCCCCUCCUCCUCUCCUCCCUUCCCUUCCCCAGUCACCCCUUUCCAGCCGAAUCCCUGAACCCAAAUGAAGCAAAUGGCAAUUGAAAAAAACACUCUUUGAAAAAAAGCAAUUUCUUUCUAAAGUUAAUAGAGCAUGUUUUCCGCUGCAUGCCAGACGGUGAAGACGGACAUGCAGAAGGUACCUAAUUACAAGCACUAAACUUGGGAAUAAAAAUGUCAGUCACAGGUUUUUUUGAUAUACCCUGAAGUUUGUCAGAUUUAUUUGCAAGCACUUUGUAGUAAGGGCAAGUCAGCUGUCUUGCUGAAUACAACAUUAAAUAUUAUGGAAUACAUCAGGGGUCGGCAACCUUUCAGAAGUGGUGUGCAAAGUCUUCAUUUAUUCACUCUAAUAUAAGGUUUCACAUCCCAGUAAUACAUUUUAAUGUUUUUAGAAAGUCUCUCUCUCUAAGUCUAUAUUAUGUAAGUAAACUAUUGUGGUAUGUAAAAUAAAUAAAGUUUUUAAAAUG